AUGUUGUUUUCGAACAAAUUAGAUCAAGAGAUUUAUCAGCCUUGGAAACAAUAUUAUAUUAAUUAUAAUAAUUUAAAGAAAUCCUUAAAAGAAAAUAUUAUCUUAGUUAAUUGGAGUGAAAAAGAUGAACAAAAUUUUGUAGCCCAAUUAGAUGAAAACUUAGAAAAAGUAUAUAACUUUCAACAUCAAAAGUACGAUGAAUUAAAUGAUCAAUUAAAUACUUUAACUAAUAAAAUAUCAGCUAAAGGUGAAGAAAAGUUUGAAUUGAAUGACUUUUUAACUAAGUUAGAUGAAAUCUUAGAAUUAGCUCAACAAUUAGAUCAUUUCCAAAGAUUAAAUUAUACUGGAUUCAUUAAGAUUGUUAAGAAACAUGAUAGAUUACACCCUGAAUUCUCAGUUAAACCUUUAUUGAAUGUUAGAUUGAAAUCUUUACCUUUCCAUUCAGAAGAUUAUUCUCCUUUAUUAUAUAAGAUAUCUUCAAUCUUCCAAUUCUUGAGAGAAAAUUAUGAUAUUAAUCAAUCAUUGAAGAAUUUAUCAAGUUUUAAUGAUUCAGAUAAUUCAAAUUUCCAAAGUUUCAAAUUCUGGAUUCAUCCUGAUAAUUUAAUGGAAGUCAAGACUUCUAUCUUAAGACAUUUACCAGUAUUAGUAUUCAAUCAACAACCAAGUUCAAAAGAUUAUGGUUAUGAUGAUAGUGACGAUGAUGAAGUUUCUGAUGAAUCACCAAAUGAUCCAAUUAUUAAUUGUAUUUAUUUUGACAAUUCCAAUUUUGAAUUAUAUAAUUCCAAAUUAACCAAAUUAUCAAAUUCUUCAAGUUUAAGAUUGAAAUGGUUAGGUAAUUUAUCAUCAAAUUUGAAAAUUUUAAUGGAACUGAAAAAUUUCGAUCAAUCAUCCGAAAAUUUCAAUAUCAAUGAAAAGGUUAUGGUCAAGAAGAAGAAUAUCAAUGCUAUAAUUAAUCAUAAUGAAACUUUCUUGAAAAAACAAAAAGAUGAUGAUGAUGGGAAACUUAUUAAACAAUUCAGUAGUUUUGUCCAUGAUCAACAUUUACAACCAGUAUUAAGAACUAUUUAUAAAAGAACCGCUUUUCAAAUUCCUGGAGAUGAUAAAGUUAGAAUCACCAUUGACUCUAAUUUAUUAUUUAUCAGAGAAGAUAGUUUUGAUCAACAAAGACCGAUUAGAGAUCCAAAAGAAUGGCAUAGAUUAGAUAUUGAUUCAAAUUCAAAUUUUGAAAAAUAUUUAAGAACAGGAGAAUUUUCAAAAUUUCCUUAUUCUGUUAUGGAAAUUAAAAUCAAGAAAUUUUCUUCUAAAAGGAAGAUUUUAUGGUUAGAUGAUUUAAUUAACAGUCAUUUAGUUAAAGAAAUUCCAAACUUUUCUAAAUUUAUUCAUGGUAUUGCUGCUUUAUUCUUAGAAGAUGAUCAUUUAGAUAAUAUUCCUUUCUGGUUCAAUGAAUUAGAAAAUGACAUUAAAAUUGAUCCAAGACAAUAUUUCCAACAAUCAACCAAUACACCAAAAAUUCAAAACGAUGAAGAGAAUUUGAAUAAUUUCAAGAAACUCAUCAAUAAUCAAAAUAAUUUAAAUUUAAGAAAAUCAUUCAGUGGUUCAUUAUUAUUAGGAUCUGAAGAAUUUGAACAAAAUAAACCAGUUGAAAAUGGUAUUGAAGAAGAUAUCGAUGAAGAAAGUGAUGAUGAAGAAACUUCAUCUACUGAAACAGCUCCUUCACUUAAUUUAUUACAAUCAAAUAAAUUAGAUGUUGAUUCAGAAGAUGAUGAAAUUGAAUUACCUCCAGGAGUUAUCAAACCUGAAUCUUAUAUUAAAAAUGCUGGUCCAUUGAAAAUUGAACCAAAAGUUUGGUUAGCUAAUGAACGUACUUUUAAUCGUUGGCUUCAUGUGGUAACUUUGUUAUCAUCCUUAACAUUUAUCAUUUAUUCUUCAGCAAAUAAAGCUAAUUCUUUUGCUUUAUCAACUUAUUUAGCUUAUAUUUAUUUUGCAUUGUCAUUAUUUGCAAUUUUCUGGUCUUAUUAUAUUUUUGAAACAAGAAGACAAAUUAUCAUGGAAAGAGAUGCUAAACAUUUAGAUAAUAUGAUUGGUCCUUUAAUUGUAGCUGUUGGAUUGAUUUUGGGAUUAAUUUUCAAUUUCUCUUUUGGAUUUUCAAGAAUUUAUCAUGCUGUGUUAGAAACUGAUAACGAGUUCUAUAUCAAUCAUCCGUUCCAUCAUAAAAUUCAUAAAUUUAUCGCUGAAUCUUUUUAG